GCCGGAAACCAUAAAACCAACCGUCACACGGCUACAGACACUGCCAGCCAUGUCCUUCCUCUGAAACAAUAGUAUUUUUUUUUUUAGCGUCAAAGAGCAGACUUGCUGCUCUUUUUUACAUUCAUUACCCCACACCUCUUCCAGAGAGAGACAGCAGUUGUUGUUGUUCAUUUGUAGGCAGAGAGAUGUCUUCAGUCGGGCGGGAGGGGCGGACUGGCGUUCAGCUGCUGAGCGCGCUGCUGCUGCUGAUGCUGAUGCUGCUCUCUGGUUGUUCAAGCAUGGAUGUUCUUGUACCAAGCUACAUCACUGCACGCAAUGGAACAAAUGUCCGGAUCCCAUGCACAUUCACGUCCUGCUAUAAGAUGGACCUCAACAAGUUUCACAUGAACUGGACCUACAAAGUAGCCGACAAUGAGAGUGAGACUGAAGUGAUGUUCAUGACCUACGAUAGAAAGAAAGGAAUGAUUCCGUUGACAACGGACCAGUUUGACGACAGAGUUGAGUUUACUGGGAACUUGGACAAGAAUGAUUUGUCAAUCACCCUAUCAAACAUUCAACCAGAGGAUACAGGGUUUUACUUCUGCCACGUGUUAAACCCUCCAGAUCGCAUCCACGGAAAGGGGACAAUUCAUGUCAAUGUGGUCAAUGAACUUCCUCCUCCACGAGAUUCAACUAUCGCAGUUGCCAUUGGGGCAUCGGUGGGUGGAGCGUUGGCUCUGCUGAUUCUUUCCAUGGUGGUGAUCAAAUGUCUUCGCCGACACCGCAAACAAGAACUAACUUCAGAAGAAAAAAUGGAGGAGGAGGGAAAGCUGGAAGCUGAAGCCGUGGCGGAGGAGGGAACCAAAUAACCACAGCACCACUGACUGGCUGGUGUCUCGGUCACUCACACUUUCAACAACUCUUGUGAAACCAAUACCACAUCUUCAAUGACAUGUAGUAACCACUGCUCUCAGAUCAGUGUCCACAGAUAUAUUUAAACACUUUGCAUGCAAGUGUGUCUAUGGAAUCCUUGCAGGAAUUAUCGGUCUGAAUGCUGAAUCAUCUAUAUACAUUUUUUUGUCUGUGUUAGGGGUGUUUUUUCCCUACAAAAUGUAAGGGAUUAACAGGUGUUUCUUUGUUUGGAACUACACAGUAGUAUCAGCAAUAUUAUAUAUGGCUAAUAAAAGAUAUAGGUAUAUCCAUAGCAUAUUUUAUGACUGGUUACGGUUGUGUGGUAUGACCUGAACACUUCAUUCACAGUAAAUUUAAAAAAAAUGUGGAAUAUAAUUGUUAUUUUUGCUAUAACCAUUUUACAAUUAGUUUGGUACUUGAUAAAACAAAUCUAUAUCAACAACUAGAUAUUAUUAUUAUUUAUUUCAGUAGAAAAAAAAAAUUAAGUGGAGUUUACUCGGAUGAAGAUGUACCCAUUGUGAAAUCAGUGCACACUGCCUUUGAGCCUUGUCCUUUUGUCUUUUUAAGUGGAUUCCAUUGUCAUAAUUAGUCAAAUUCACCAAAUAAGCUAAAUAACGUUUACAAAAGCCAAUAUUGUCUGCUUUGCUGGACAAGAUUCUCAAACAUUUCUUAAACAUUUAUCAGAACAACUGCCGUACACAACCCACCGUGAAAGCCAGAUUCAGUUUGAUUACGUGGUAAAAGCACUUGUGCAGCUAAUCUCACUCACUUUGACUAUUUAGGCUGUAAAACAGAGGAAAAGACCAAUUUUAUUGGAGACUUAUUUUUUUAUGACAAACAUUUACUUAACAUGAUCCUCAAAAAAUGUAUCUAAAUGUUCAGUUUCUGUAACUAACCCAAAAUGUGCAGACACAUUGCAAGCUGGUUCCAACCUGCUGACUUGUUAAUUGUAUGUCUUUAUGAAAAAAAUGCUCUAAGAAGCAACCUUCAUAGUCAUAAAACUAUGUACAAAAGUUUGUAUGUGACUUUGUUGAGUUAUUAUGUUUUGUAUUACUAAUAAAUUUAUACUUUUGUUUUCUAACUUUACAAGUAAUGUGUAUUUCCCUGAAAUACUCAAAGUACCCUUUCAUAAUCUCUUUUCAAUGUUUAUUAUUGCACAGUGCCCUCUUUGGAUCAAUAAAACUCCACUGUGGUAAAAAACAAAACAAAAAAACAAUCAGCUUGUGAAUAAUUACAAACAUGGCUUUAAUUUUCAAGCAUGUUGAAUGGAACAAUAAAUAUCAACCCUGGUUUAUUGGAAAAAUCUGUUUCUACACUGUUAAGACACUGCUUUUUCUUCCGUAUCAUGCAUGUUUGUGUUGCAAAAUUGCAGAACCUUGCAGCAUGAUGAGGGCAGCUUAUUUAGAAUGCUGUUUUUUUUUUUUUUUUAUUUAAAGGAAGGCUUGUUUUUUGUUGACGGAAUGAUAGCUAAAAUGUUAAGGAGAUAUAUGACUGUGCCACAGGCCAACAAUGUGCUUUGAAUAGUUGCUGUUGCAUCACUCUGAAUGUUAGCUAGCACCAACUAGUGCUCACACUGUGCUUCCUCUGAUCAACCAGUUAUUGUCACUUUAUGCAUUUUAAAUAAAGAUCUGUAAGAUAAAUGUGUAAAAAAA